UCUUCCAGAUCGUGACCAUUAAUCCAAAAGUUCUUAAAGACAGCAAGGUGCCUGCAUCAUUUCCCGUGUCAUCGAUCGAACGGUUCAUACCGCAACAUAUCCCAUAAAGCAGAAACACGAACUCUAAUCCCCUCUGCUUCUUCUAUUUACCAAUAUCGUCGUAACGUGCUAUAUGGCUUCCAUGGGUACCGACAAUGUUCUAGAUAGCGCCAAACGCAUGCGGACGCCUCCACAGCAGCAACGCUCACAAAAUCAGGUACAUCCCCCUCCCAGCACAUCACGCCAUCCACCGCAGGCAUCCAUUCAGGCUGGUCAUGUCCAGUUCCACCCUUCGAGCUCUAGUGUAGUCCAGACACAAACUCAAGCUCCACAUGACACGUCCGGGACGCGUGUUGGCAAUAUUCCUCACGCAAACGUUUCUCAAGGAAGCAACGUACCACCAUCGUCAUCCAUAGGAAGUUUGCUGCAACACUACCCCCCAUCGUCUUUCCAGCCGAAUAACUAUCCGGGACAAUACACAUUAUCCCAGCAGCCACCUCCAUUUCCAGCGGCUCACCCACCAACCUAUCCAUACACACACGCUCGUGGAUAUGCACCGCACUUUCCUCUAGAGUCUGGUCCAUAUCAACAAAAUCUACCGGGAUUCGGAUCCAUGAUGCAGGCGCGCUCACCAUAUCACACGGGCGCGCUUCCAUAUCCGUUGGGCGGUAAUUCUGGAAUGCACUCCACUGCAAGUAGUCCCACAGCUCACUCUCCGUUACCUGUGCAGCAGCCUCCUCCAGGCGCCUCUGGUUCACAUAGUAUAUUACAAUACCAGCCUGUGCGCUAUCCCAGUCCAUACACUCCUUACCGUUACAACCACGCAUAUCAGCCAAACCCAUAUCAGUGGCAUUACAAUUCGCCUGUCCCGCCUGGAUUUAACGAGGGAAUCCCCAUGCAUUAUCAACCUCAGUACCAAAUAAACUUCGCGCCCUCGCAGGACUCUCCUUCGCCCGAUUUGGAGACACAUUUUUCUCAAGUCUCCAUUCGUGGUAGCCCUAAUUCACCUGUGCAGUCGAUUGCUUCAUCGGCGGUUCUGCCUGCAAGGCACCCACCUCAGGUUGCAUUAACAGCUCCCCCAUCAUCAUCGAUAUCAAAUUCUCCUAAAAUAUUUGCUCGCACCGAAGGUCACGCUUCACCCUUAAGGCCACCGAAAGUUAAUUCUCCGUCUUGUUCUCAUUCUGAACGUCCCGCUGUACGUCGACCCCAUCAUCCCAAUCCCCCCUCCCAAAAAUCAGAAUGGGUCAUGUGGAUAGGGAAUGUCCCAGGUGGGACCACCCACGACGAACUCUGGAGGUUCCUGAAACGUCCUCCUGUGGACGAUGACUCGUUUGAGUCUGAAGACAAUGGUAUUUCAUCGAUUUUCUUAAUCUCCCGGUCAAACUGCGCAUUUGUCAACUUUGACUCGGAAGAGAAUUUACGGCGCGCAAUCGUGCAGUUCAAUGGGCAGCACCUUCAUCCACAUGAACGGCGGGGUCCACGACUUGUUUGUCGAGUACGUCGCAAAGAGGAUGAUCUGCGUGCUGGGGUAGGUGGGCAACGGGGAGUGGGCAUGCACACUCGCUAUGUCCGUGAGCAAUCUCAACAGGGACAAAUGAAUAACCAGGUUACUCCAAGUGAAGACGAUCAGUCAUCAUCUACCGGUCGCCGUUCGAGUCCAUCGAGUGAAUCAGGGAAUCCACCAGCUGUGGCUGCGCCACAGUCGAGUGAUGAGGAAGGUGCCAGAGCUCACCAAGGUUCGCAACCCGGAGACAGUGUCAAAGCUCAAUCAAGUAGCUCCUAUACGUCGACGAACUCCAGCUUUUUGUCCCGGCAUUUUCCAAAACGCUUUUUCAUCCUCAAGUCUUUAACACAGUUCGACCUAGACUUGAGUGUUGAAAACGGAUUGUGGGCAACUCAGAAGCAUAACGAGGCAAUUCUUGACCAGGCUUACCGCACUAGCAGCGAAGUUAUCUUGAUAUUUAGCGUGAAUAAGAGUGGGGAGUUCUAUGGAUAUGCACAGAUGGCCGGUCGGAUAUUAAAGGGCGAACACAGAGUUUCGUGGGCUUCGCAUGCAAAUCCCUCGGCAACCUCUGUGUCCUCGUCUCGGCGCGAGCCUGGUAGUCCUAGCCCACUUGUUGCCACCGAUCAGACUUUCUUCACGCCAUCAGAAAAUCGCCUCGUCGAAGAAUCACCAAUGCCUUUCACUCCACAUUCUGGAGGAAGCCUGAGUAGCAAACCCUCUCCUAUGGAGCCUCACCGAUCAUCUGCACCAGCUGCACUCGGGCCUUGCCCACCACGGGAAGAGUCUCCAGCUAAGAAGUUGAGCCUCCGUGAAAGCAGGAAGGCCAUGUCAGCCACUGGAUUAAUAUCCAGGGAUUUUGUAAAUGUGACCCCCGAAAUUGUGCUUGACAAGAAUGCACCAGUCCGGGCGUUACGGAAUCAGGAGAGCACGGAUGGCACUAAGUCGGCGGUAUCUGCCUUACAAUCUGUGGAGGAAGAGAAUAACAGCGUAAGUAGCGAUGAUGGCAACACUGGGGAAGAACAACAGAAAGAUGAUGUGAUGCCAUUGAUGACAAAGAACGCUGGGAACGACGAACAGGCUUGGGGGCAGCCGUUCAAGGUGGAAUGGCUCUGUACUGAGCGUCUUCCUUUCUAUUCCACUCGGCACCUUCGAAAUCCUUGGAACCAGGACCGGGAGAUCAAAGUCUCCCGGGAUGGUACGGAGGUUGAGCCAGGGGUGGGUCAACAACUUUUGGAGCAGUGGCGAACGCUCGCGGCUGCUCCGGUGGUAAUGGAGACAAGCAAGUCGCCUGCUGUGGUCGAUCAACGUGCAGCCAAGCCCACGUCGACACUCCCACCGGCAGCGGUAAAUUCAGGAAACUGUGGGCAAUCUUAAUGAUCAGCACGCUUUACAUGGUCUCAAGGACAACGAGAAACCACAGUAGGCACUAAUCAUAUGAAUCAUACAUAGACAUACAUCAUUCGUUUGACUCAUUCACUUGACUCUUCACUCAUCUUCAGAUAUUUUACGACUACAAGAUAUACUUGGCAACAAGAAUGGCUUUUUUAGUUUAGGUAUACUUACUUGGGAUUGGGACUUGUGGUUUGUUAUUCUUGGUCUAGUGCAUGUUCGAAGUAAUGAUACUUUCUGAUCACUCUAUCCCGAAGUUAUACAUAUCUGAUAUGCAAAGCCAGUGUCGUGGGUAGCCAGACCUUG